GCAUUACAUAGGUCCUCGUCGAAACCUCGGUGCAGUACAGCGACAGCAGAAGGCACUAGCGUUGGCAUCUGGCAACUUUAGUCGUUUUCCCUCUUCCACUUCGUUGAAUCGUCGGCGACGACCAUCGACGACGCAAACGAGGGCAUGUCCUACGAUCAUGUUGAUCCGCAGCAGAACCUCCAUGCCAUGACCGCGUAUGGUGGCAGCUUUCAGCAACAAUACGACACCCUGAGCUUGGACAUUCCGUCACCAUUCGACCCGCAUCUCCCGCAUCACCACCACCACCAGCGCAACCAACAGUCAGGAAAUCACUUGUCUCCUUCUUCAGUCCACAGCAGCAGCAUGCAACAUCCACACACCAUGCAUUCCCAUCACAGCCAAGCGCACCAUCAGCAGCAGCAAUCGUAUGCGUCAUUUCAGCCGCCCAACAACAAUCCGUUCACGUCCAUGUCCGUCAAACGAAAGUCUCCCAUGUACCAAGACACGGACGAGUCUUCUCCCACUUCGUAUGCGUUCGUCCACGCCGCGGGCGCGUCGUCCCACAACCCGCGCCCAUCCCCUACUGCCUCGCUACGUCAAAGCCAACCAUCGACGAUGUCUCCGCUCGCAUCUUCGUCGAUCGUGUGCGACCUUUGCAAGCACUUGGACCCGAUCUUGUACAUUCCAGAAUGCGGCCACACAUUUCACUCGCGAUGUGUGGGCGAGUGGCCCAUGGUGACGUGUCCGACGUGCCGCGGCAGCGUGCCCAAGGUGGCCGUCGUCCACGUCGACAUGCACACCAAGGCGGCGCCGCGGAGCGGCAAGUGGACCAAGCAAGAAGAGAAGUUCGUGACGCUGAUCGUGGACGAGUUCGACCACGGCACGUUUCCCCUCGCGAACGGCACGCCCGUGCGACUGGUGCUGGCCAAGCUGCUCAACUGCUCGCCCAUGCGGUUGUCCAAGAAGUUCCAGAAGAACGCGCUAGGCAAGCGUACAUACCGCGUGCCAAAGUCGAGCCACGCCGCGCCGAACGGGUCGCGCAUUUGCUUUGACGCUGCGACGCACCAAGCCCGGCAGAUCGAGUUUUCCGCCUCCGAGCAUGCGUUCCGAGAGGAGGUGGUGCUGCUGCAGCGAAAAGACAACAAGAUGGACGGACACAUCGAAGUGCGCGACCUCCGCCUCGCCGUGGUGCAGUUUUGGGUGUCGAAUUUCUUAAAGUUUGCGCUGUCUGUGGGCCAGCAAGUCGACGGGUUGGACACGACUGAGCCUAAGAAGAAGAAGCAAGCGAUGCAAAAGCUGCGCGACGGCAUGUUUGAUCAAGUGCUGUCGUGGGCCGCGGCGGCGGCAUCGGACAAAACUCGAACCGACGACGGCGACCAGGCGGCGGGCACGUCGCGGCAGCUGCACCCGCCCGUCCAUCCCCCCCCGCUGCACCCGCACCCGCUCGUCCAAUGGGACGAAGCGUACUUCAAAAGCGAACCGCUCAAGGCGGCCAGCUCGUUCGACUCCCUCGACAACCACGAAAACUACCCCGACCAACAACCCGACUAUGGUGAUGACGAGGAGGCAGUGCCGUUCCAACCGCACCAGUACAAACAACUGUCGCACCUCCAGCAAACACCAUCUCAUCACCACCAACCAACCCAUGCCAUGCAACGACACCACCACCACACCAUAGCGCCCCCAUCGUUUGGCCGCGACGAUGGUGGCAUUGCGUAUGGAAGCGGGUACGGUAGUUCGUACAAACGACCGACGAUGGUGCGAGACCCUCCGACUAGUCAUCGCACGGCGCUGACCCCAAAGGUGUCGCUGCGGGGAGGGGGAGGCCAGGCUACUACUAGUACUACUAGUAGGACUAAUAGUGGCCCCCUGCGACCACAACAGCUACAACCAACGAAUAGCAGCAGCACCUACUUGACAACCAAUGCGUCCUACGAUUCGGUUGAUUCGACCAACUCCUCGAGUGCCGAGCUGGAUGGUCUGUUGAUGUCCACCAACCACACCUCGUCACACCUGCGACCGCAUCAACCAUCGCCUGCGACAACGUACGAUGCUAUGGACGCCAUACCCACCAAUUCGUCCUGGGACCAGAUGCUCGAUGAUUUCACCGGCAUCAACUCCCAACUCGUGGUGGACCCAGCGCUGAAUGGCGCCUCGUGGUUAUAGGCCUGAACCCUCCUCACACACAUACUUAAGAUAUUAUUAACGACGACGACGAUUUGAACUGGUA